CCUUCAACUCGGUGUUGUUCAUUAUCGCGCUGUCGUCAGGCUAGAAGUUUCUGUGGAUUGAUUUGGCUUUGUGGCGCAUCCUGCGAAAAGCAUUUAAGAAAUACCCCCCAACGGGUCGCUGCGAAAUUAUGAGACCCAUCCUCUUGCAGGGCCAUGAAAGGUCCAUUACACAGAUCAAGUACAACCGGGAAGGAGACCUGCUCUUCUCAGUGGCCAAAGACACGGUAGUGAACGUAUGGUAUUCUGUAAACGGAGAGAGGCUGGGCACGUACAACGGCCACACAGGGGCUGUGUGGUGUGUGGAUGUCGACUGGGACACCAAGAACGUGCUGACUGGCUCGGCAGACAAUAGUUGCCGGCUUUGGGAUUGUGAAACAGGCAAACAGCUGGCUCUGCUCAAGACCAGCUCAGCUGUGAGGACCUGCGGCUUCGACUUCAGCGGGAAUAUCAUUAUGUUCUCUACAGACAAGCAGAUGGGAUACCAGUGCUACCUGAACUACUUUGACCUUAGGGACCCCCAGCAAAUAGAGGAUAACCAGCCCUACAUAUCCGUGCCGUGCAAUGACUCUAAGAUCACCAGUGCGGUGUGGGGGCCGCUGGGCGAGUUUGUCAUCGCAGGCCACGAGAACGGAGAGAUCAACCAGUUCAGUGCAAAGUCUGGGGAGGUGCUUAAGAAGGCGAAGGAGCACACCAAGCAGAUUAACGACAUCCAGACCUCUGUAGAUCUCACCAUGGUCAUCAGUGCAUCAAAAGACAACACAGCCAAGCUGUUUGACUCCACGUCACUGGAUCACAUCAAGACCUUCAAGACAGAGAGACCCGUGAACUCGGCUGCCAUUUCUCCCAUCAUGGACCACGUGGUCAUGGGAGGUGGGCAGGAAGCCAUGGAGGUCACGACAACGUCCACCAGGAUAGGAAAGUUUGAGGCCAGGUUCUUCCAUGCUGCAUAUGAGGAGGAGUUCGGGAGAGUGAAGGGACACUUUGGUCCCAUCAACUGUGUCGCAUUCCACCCAGAUGGAAAGAGUUACAGCAGCGGUGGAGAGGAUGGCUAUGUCAGGAUACAUUACUUCGAUCCUCACUACUUUGAGUUUGAGUUUGAAGGGUGAAAUGAAUCCAAAACCACCUCCCAUUCCCCCCUCCAUUACCCUUGGUUCCCUUCUUUUGGCCGUUUCCCCCUCUCUCUCGCCCUUUUCCCUUCUCCCCACUCACAGUUUUCUUCUCACUGGGCCCGCUUUCCCUCUUCUCUGCCCACAGUUCGACUCUCUCCUCUCAUUACUGUCACUCAUUACAUUGCUUUCACAGUCCAAUAAUGCAGUGCACUCUGGUCAUACAAUGAAAAGAAUCCAAAAAUGGCAUGAUACAAUCCCAAGCUCUAGGAAGGACUCAAAUACUACCCCUGUGAACAAACUGGAUUUCUGUAAGGACUGUACCCUGUCUGGAGACUUGCAGUGUUGAAGCCCAGGAACCAACCCUUGUAGCUCUGUCAGCUCCACACAGCUUGGUUGGAUUAUGUGUCUGCUUAAGGAAGGUCCAAACCUGUCUGAAUGAAGCUUGGUUUGCAUUUCAAUACAGAAGCUCAUCAAUAACCACCUGCUCUAGAAUGAAGUGUUUUCAUUCUCCCUUUGUUUGAAAAUGUACCAAUAAACUGGAUCCAAGGUAAACGUCGUUUCUAGUGUGAGAUCUAGUUGCUAACUGCUUUGCGUUGGUGGAGUAAAUAAAUGCUCUACCAUUGCCACUUGCAUCCGGCAUAUUUAAAAACA